GAGAGCCAACAGAGGUCUGUGCAAGGGUAUGGGAAUAUCAGCAACACUUUCACUAUGUGGGAUACAACAAUGGCAUACCACUAUUUGGGGGAACGCUGGCAAACAUAAUUUGGAAGUCUGUGUUUUUUGAGAGACCGUCAAGUAUAAUCUCCAGUUUUGUGGGGGUCACAACAGAAUUGGCUGAUGCAUGGACCGGUAGCUUGACAUUGGAAUUGCCUUUCAGGGUUUCAAUCAAGUCGUAAGUUAUUCACUCAUAUAGUGUGAUAUUUCAUGUUUUAUUCUUGUUUUUUUCUAUAAAGUAGCAACAGACUUGACAGCUUAUAUUGCUAAGUAAUCAUGAAAGAUAAGGAAUGGACAUUCCUGGACUUUCUUCCAUGAGCCCCUCACUCCUCCCUCACCUCUGCGGCUAAAUCAGAGGUGAGUGAGGGGCAGCAUCAGGUUGAGGACAGGGUGUUCAUGAUGGGGAACGUCAUGCGUGGCGCUGUGGCCUUCAUUCCCUCCGAGCGCUGCCAGCGUUUCCUGGUGGGCGACCUAAAGGAGAUGCCUCUUGAUCGGACACUAGACCUGAGCAAUUUCCAGCUGCGUCGGCUUCCUAUGGCUGCCUGCCUGUUCAAUGAGCUGGUCAAGCUCUACCUGAGUGGCAACAACCUGAACACCCUACCUGCAGACCUGCAGGACCUGAGGAAGCUGCAGCUCCUAGCUUUAGACUUCAACAGUUUCGAAGAGCUGCCUGCGGCGGUGUGUCAGCUACCCCAGCUUAACAUCCUGUAUCUGGGCAACAACAAGCUCUGGAGCCUCCCCCGGGAGCUGCGUGAGUUGAAAGAACUUAAUACCCUUUGGUUGGAGACAAACCGCUUCAUUGAGUUCCCUAAUGUGGUCUGUGACCUCUCCAACCUCAAGACCCUCCAUCUGGGGUACAACCAGAUAAGCAAACUGCCCAUGGAGCUCAGUGGGCUGAAGGAGCUGAGGAGUAUCUGGCUAGCCGGGAACCAGCUGUUUGAGUUCCCGCCAGUGUUGCUUGCCAUGCACUUUCUGACUGUGAUUGAUGUGGACAGCAACAACAUCUGCCGUUUUCCCGGUCUCUCCCACUUGCAGGGGUUAAAACUGGUAAUCUACGACCACAACCCCUGUGUGAACGCACCUGUGGUCGGGGAGGGAGUCAGGAGGGUUGGACGCUGGGCGGACAGCUCAGAUGAUGAAGAGGAUGGUGAGGAUGGGUCGAAAGUGUGUGAGACGCUGACUGCGGUGAAGGAGCUUGCCACAAAGCUUGCCUCAGAGGGAGAAUUGGACACACUACUUGAAAAGGGUCGUGGAAGAAUCUGACCUUCAGCCGUGGAUAGGCUGGAGAACAGGAUGCCAGUCAGGUGGAGCACUUACUGGAGAGCGGCCAUUUGUCUCGGCAUGUUACACAAGCAGACAGGCCUGAUGGUGUUGGCUUCCAAAUAUGGUAAAGCCAAUAAUAUGGACCUAAACACAGAUGACAAAUAAUAAGCUAUUACAAUUGGUUUUCCAUCAUGAUGAAACAUGGACCUCAUGAAAAGCUCCAGGAGAAAUCUCACAUGAAGUUCUCUAUUACAUAACUGUCUGCAGACUUGAAUGAAAUUGUGGCUAGUUUUUAGUUAAUUUAACAGGUGACUAUCCAAUUUAAAUAAUUUAUGGAGACAUGAAGAAAUUCUACCAGGUGUCCCUAUUCAAUAACUUUUGCUGGGGGCAGUAUACUGUUUGUAUAGCAUUGAGUACAGAGCAAAUUCUCCUGUGUUAAAUCAAUACUGACUGUGUAAAUUUAACACUGGCCAUGGCUACACAGGUCCACACUUUUGAGUGUUAAAUGAACACUGUGCUUAGUGCUGACACUAUUACACUUUGUCAGUGUUAAGGAAUUAAAACUUUCAGUGUUGUGCAAUAACACCGUAUAUUGUAUUUUUA